AUGCGCCCCUCCGGGACCCCCCGAGACCCCCGGCGCCGCGAGGAAACGGGAUCCAAAAUCCAUCGCGGGCGGCGAGGGUCCCUGGGGAAGCCAAAGGCGGCCGGCCGGAGACGGAACUUUGCAAACUUCCUAACCCGCGCGCCCAGAAAAGCAGAGAAAGCCGACGGCCCAACUCUGCACGCCCGCGACCGUCCGGUCCGGCGCGCGCGCCCUCCCCUCCUGGCCGCCUGGGGUGCCGGCGGUCCCCGCCCCCGUCGUCGCCCCGCACCCUCCAGGGAGGCUCGGGAGCAGGGACCCCACUCACCGCCGGGAGCGCCCCGCGCCGUGCACCGCCGCGCCCUCGCCGAAGGUUCGCGUCCCAGGAGGCCGAGGGCGCAGGAGGCGGGGAGUCACCUGCGCGUCGGGCGGCGGAGGGCAGCGCGGGCCCGCCCGGGCCGCGCCUCCCGGGCCCAGGUGCCGCGCCGGCGAGGGCGGGGUGGGGACGGGUUGCAACAGGUCCCGCGCCGGGUCGCACCGCAGCGCGCGCAGCUGGCCAGCGUCCCGGAACCUGUCCGAACUCAGACAUCCAGCCCUCGGCCGGCAAAGCAAAAAACCCUUCUUUUUCUGUCCGCCCGCGGGGCUACCCAGCCUCGACAGGUCCCAGCAUCCGGGCCCGGGUGA